GUUGGAGGGUGGGUUCAAAUUUUUAUCAUCUGGAUGGGGGUGGGAAACAGUUUGACAGUUUGGUAGGUAGCUAGCCAGCAAUCAAAAACUGCUUCCUGCAUAUUUUUAUUUAGUUUGGCCUCCCCUUUUGCCAUUUUGAGAAUUUAAAUCCCAUCAUGACAUCUCUUGACGACAACAGUAAGGAAAAGUUGCGCUCUGUGUCUGUGGACUUGAACAACGACGCCUCCCUUGUCAUUGACAUUCCCGAUGCACUCUGUGAAAGGGACAUGGUUAAGUUUACUGUCCACACAAAGACUACUCUCAGCUCCUUCCAGAAGCCGGAUUUCUCUGUUCCCAGGCAGCACGAAGACUUCAUCUGGCUUCAUGACACUCUGGUUGAAACUGAGGAGUACGCUGGUUUAAUUAUCCCUCCAGCUCCCCCUAAGCCUGAUUUUGAGAGCCCAAGAGAGAAGAUGCACAAGCUGGGUGAAGGAGAGGCCUCUAUGACGAAGGAGGAGUACGCUAAAAUGAAGCAGGAGCUGGAGGCCGAAUACCUGGCUGUGUUCAAGAAAACCGUUCAAGUGCAUGAAGUCUUCUUGCAGAGAUUGUCCUCUCAUCCCGUUCUAAGCAAAGACAGGAACUUCCAGAUUUUCUUAGAGUAUGACCAGGAUCUCAGCGUGAGAAGAAAGAAUGCCAAGGAAAUGUUUGGUGGGUUCUUUAAGAACAUGGUGAAGUCAGCAGACGAGGUUCUCAUCUCGGGAAUAAAGGAAGUUGAUGACUUUUUUGAGCAGGAGAAAACAUUUUUGCUGGACUACUUCAGCAAGAUCAAAGAUUCCACUGCCAAAGCAGAGAAAAUGACCCGUUCACACAAAAAUAUUGCAGAUGAUUACAUUCACAUUUCUGCCACUUUAAACGCCAUCUGUGCUGAAGACAGUACAGCAAAUAAGAAGAGUUUGGAGAAGUUGUCAGACCUUUUCGAAAAGCUCAGAAAAGUGGAGGGAAGAGUAGCGUCGGACCAGGAGCUGAAACUCACAGAGCUGCUUAGAUACUACAUGAGGGACAUCCAGGCUGCUAAGGACCUUCUGUACCGACGAGCCCGCGCGUUAGCCAACUAUGAAAACUCAAACAAGGCCUUGGAUAAAGCUCGACUGAAGAGCAGAGACAUUCCCCAGGCAGAGGAGCACCAGCAGCAGUGCCUGCAGAAAUUUGACAGGCUCUCAGAAUCUGCAAAGAAAGAACUGACCAGUUUCAAGGGCAGACGAGUCAUGGCCUUCAAGAAGAACCUGGUAGAAAUGGCAGAGCUUGAGAUAAAACAUGCCAAAAACAAUAUGGCGAUGUUGCAAGGAUGCAUCGAACAGCUCAAGGGUUUCUGACCUGUUUUCAAGUAUUAAAAAUCUCACCAUCACUAAGUGACCAAACAUGGCAGAUGGAAACCUAGCACCCUCGGGGCCGAACAUCGACAUGACUCUUGAGCGCCUGGGGCUGAUGCUCUUUUCAAACCUCACUAAAUAGAAAGUAAACAUGAAUGUUUACAAGACACUGAGUCCCUGUCCUCUGCAUGGUGGUCCAUCAUUCUCCAUCAACGGUCCAGCUCAAUGCUGAAUGUCUCCAGAGAAUGUGGUUGUCUACAUUAAGGUCUUCCCUUUAAUAUGUAGCACCAAUAGAUGUGACCUUCGUCAAAUUUUCUUUCAUUUCUAUGCACUUAUUGUUUUUAUUUUUUUUUCUUGCCUUUUUUGAUCACAUUUCAGCCUCCAUUCGGAUUCUCCUUUGUUUAGAUCACUUUGGGGGAAAAAAUGUUUUUCUGUGUUCCUGUGAACACUUUAUUGGUUGCCUUGUUUACUAAUGAAGCACUUGCAUAAGUAAACCUGGAAGACUUCCUGUGCUCUCAAUCCUCAAGUCUGAAUGUUUUGUACAUGCAAAGCAGAUUUACAGUAAACAAAAAACAAAUGAACGACUGAUCCUAAUGCUUGUUCAAAAACACUUGCACUUCUUAAUUAAUCAGUCCUUUAAUCUUAAUUAUUUUUCCUAUUCCACAGUUCCCUGCUGUUUUCUGAUAUGUGCUAUUUUGUUGGUCUCUUUCAUUGAAUCUGAAUUUACCCAAUCUUUAUAAGAAAUGUAGUUUAUUUUGGAAACAAACAGAAUAUUCAAAAAUGACUAUAAUCAUGACCAAGCUCAUUGGAGUGUUGUGCAUUAUACUUGUUUUGUCAUAAAUGGAAUAUAUUUCUUAAAAGUAUCACAAUUCUGUUUUUUUCAUACUUUCCUACAAGACAUUGGUUUGGUUUGUUUUUUACAUUUGUAAUACUAGCAUUAAAUAAACUCUACUUUCCCAA